AAAAAUAAUGAAACAACUCCAGUUGUUAAACGCUCUGAGACUGAAAAGCGGCGAUCAGUCACACCUAAUACAAAACCUCUUAACCGCAUCCACGUUGAUUCUAUUCAACGUAAAUCUGAGCCAGUUAUUCAUACAGACCACAGAGGUUUUCACAGAUUAUCUAAAUACAAAAGACAAAAACCCUUGCGCGGGAACGUUUCGGCCCGUCGCAGUUCCCCUGUUUAUGUUAGUAGUCCUGAAUCGUAUGAACAUAUGUCAUCAGACCAUGAUGAUCGAGGAAUGCGAGUACGGUUUAUUCGCAAAACGUCUGUCAAAAGUAAAUGAUAAUAAUAAAAAUAACCAAAGUCAUUUUCUUGAACACAAUAAAGCUCUUAUGCUAAAUAAUGCUCCUGUAGAUCCCACUUCCAAGUUAGAUUGUUUUGCCCUUAAAUGCCCAGCAAGUUUGAAAACUGUCGCUCCCUUAUGUGAAUUGAAGAACAAUUUAAAAGUCCAAAAGCCGAAUCCAAACAUAAAUAACAUUGUGCCACGUCGUGAAACUUUCCGAACAAUGGACAAAACACUUCGGCAAGCAAACGGUCGUCUGGAAUCCAUGAAAAUAGAAGUAAAUGCCCCAGAUCCUUUGAUGAGGGAUGAUUUUUGCUCUCAUGAUGUUGCGUCCAGAGUGAAAGCAUUCAAGGCACUCAUGAAAUCAGAAGAAUUAGAAGGAACUGAUCAGAAUAGUGAAACAAAGUCAAUUAGAAAAGUCACAGAUGAACGGAAAAUAUCUGAUGUAUCAUAUCAGGAAAAUCACAUUGGUCUUCGUCGGUCCAAAACGUUUUCUGGUGAACAGAUGUCAAGAAGAUAUCAAAAACAUUAUUUGCAAUAUAUGGAUUUAUGCUUUGAUUGCGGAAACGUAUUUAUCCUAACAUUAUUCAAUUAUCUGAAAUGUUUCCAGCUAUUGUAUUUGCCUUUUCAAUGGAUCAUCUAAAAUUAUGUCAGUUCAUAGAAGACGAACAAAAUGACAUGUUCCACUUUCUUGAUGUUGCUAUAAAACGUAGGAGAGACGAGACAGUCCAACGUUCGCUUUAUCGAAAAAGUAGUUGGAAUGGCCUUUACCUGAAUCUCAAUAGUUUUUGUCCACUCAGC